AUGAUUCAUUUUGAUGAGCGUCGUCAUCAUCACUCGAUUCGUUGGCCGGCAGACGAAGAGCCGUUAUGGAGGAAACCGCUGCCUGCGAAACCGAAGAAAGGGAAUCGGAAGAAGGCAAAGAAUGCGGCAGUCGUACCAAAGACAAUUCGGAUUGAAGUGAUCCCUCUACAUAAAUCGGGUCUCUGUAGAAAUGUUUAUUGGAUGCAUCCCAAUAUGGCAAUAACUCGAGAAUCAAAAGAAAAAGAAGAGUUUGUCGGGGAAGUGGAUUUCUAUGAAGGACACAAUACUAAUGUCAUCGUUAAUUUUUUCCCUGCACUCGAUUAUUCGGAGCACUCAAAACUCCGAUUCGCCCAUACCGCCCAUACGCCUCCUGUAUCAGUUCGAUCUGUAUCAUCAUCUGCUUCAUCAUCUACCUCAUAUUCAAGACCAAAAAGAGAUUAUUUGCAAAAGAAUAUGGAUAUUCUAAUGAAGAAAUUGGACAUUCUCGCAUUCAAACAGGCAAUCAUUGACUCACAACCCACCAACUGA